ACGAGUGGCUCUCCAACCGCGCCGCUCUGGUCAUGGAAGCCCCUGGAUAGACCACGUACGACGUCUUGUGUAUAAGACGCGUGCAUGAGGCACCAUGCUGUCGGCUGUCUUACUACUGUCGACGUCGCGGGCGUUGAUGGACCUCAAGUGGACGUUUUUGGACCAUCUCGAGAUUCCCGUAAUUCAAGCGAUUUGGACGCUAAUUUGAUUCGCCAGAGACCAAGAAAUCAGCAUGUCGACCGACGAGACGCCCCAAGAGAUGCCCCAAGAGAUGCUCGCGCUGCCAGCGUCGACGCCGACGCCCGGCGGUGCGCCGAUCAACGUCACCGCGGGCGGCAACGCGGUCGCGCUCGACCACCUUGGGCCCAUGGUCGUGCAGGUGGACGGGUCGCUCAUGCGCAUCACCGACUGGGCGACCAAGACGGACCACGAGAAGGCCAUGAUCCAGCGCGUGAUUGCCAAGCGCAACAAGGAGCGGCUCGACGCGCUUCUGCUCGCCCAGGCCGCCGAAAUGGACUAAUGCACUUGGCACUCUUCCGUUCUUUGCUCAAGGCAACAAACUGUGUGGGCACGAGCCACGAGCA